UGACGCGUUUUUUGCCUCGUUGGAAGGUGUUUUCAGGAGGAAGCUCCGGGCUGUUCACGGUAGCGGAAGAAAAAAGCUGAGUAGAGAAAGCAAAACGCAUUCGAACGAGCUUGUUUGAGUUGAUAUCAUCUUCUGUUAUCAAACGAUGUCAGCCACAGAGGACCUUCCAGACAUGGAUGGGGCAGACCUCAUCGGGCUGCUGUUCCAAGAUGGCAACAAUGGAUGCACUGAGCCCCUCUUUCAGGAUGAAGAUGGGCUUAUUGAAUCCUGGCUGUCUGAGCAAGAAAUGUUGACAGGUAUGGAUACUGAAGAUUUCCUGUCCAGCUUGUUAGAUGGAGAUGACAACAGUGGAGGCCUUCUGUCCGUCUCAUUCCCUUGUCCGUCUCAUUCCCCGCUGGGGAGCGACAGCGGCAUUUCUGACGACAGCAGCACGGGCGCUGGAAACAACAACACUCUGGGAAGUCCACGCGGCAGUGAAAGCGACAUAGUACCCAGUCCCAGCUAUUCUCACCCCAGCCCUGUGCACUCUGACCCCACCCUUACCUCAGAAGAGCUGCAAGCAGAGAGCCCUGAGGCCUUGUCGGUCCAUGCGGAUCACAGCUACUCUCUGCUGCAGAGCGGAGUCAGAGAUAUGGACGUGCUGGAGAGUGUCAGGGCAGAGAAGCCAGAUACAGAUGUCUUCAUUGAUCUGGACGACUUGGUGAGUGAUGCUAUGGAGGAGGACUUCACCACUGAGCUGCCUUGUACUUUGGCCAUAGAGAACUCUGCACAUGAUUUAGCUCAGCUAACCAAAGUAGACCAGUUCCAGUUUAAAGAGAUUGUUCUCACAGAGGAGGAGAAGCGGCUUUUGGCAAAAGAAGGAUCCACCAUUCCCGAGCACAUGCCUCUCACUAAGGCAGAGGAGAGGACUUUGAAGAGGAUCAGGAGGAAGAUCCGCAACAAGCAGUCUGCUCAGGAGAGCCGCAAGAAGAAAAAGGUGUAUGUUGAUGGACUGGAAAACAGGGUUGCUGUCUGCACUGCACACAACCUGGAACUUCAGAAGAAAGUCCAUCUGCUUCAGAAACAGAACAUGUCUUUGAUUGAGCAACUGAGGAAACUCCAGUCUAUAGUGAAGAUGUCUACUUUGAAGGCCAGCACAACCAGCACUUGUGUUAUGGUGUUCCUGCUCUCGUUCUGUCUCAUCAUCUUUCCGUCCGUUAAUCCAUUUGGUGGAAACACUCAGCAGGAGUCCUACACACCUUCAUCUGGCAUUUCCCGGACCUUGCGCUCAGUGCCAUCAGAAAACACAGAUCCUACGUUUUACCUGGAGACAGAGGAUGAUCCACUUGUCUUGGUGUCAGAAGUAGUGGAGAACACCAAGGCCAUCUUCUCAGGCGGUCAGAACAACCACACCCCCGAUUACGAGAGGGUGGAACAAUCUGACUCUGAGACUGGCGUCAACAGCAACUCCUCAGCAGACUUCCCAAGUCCCGCUCAGGCGGCAGAGAUGAAGCCGGGGUCCCCUGGCAGUGUGGGUCCUUUAAAGGAAGGAUCCAUUGAUCCCGUGGUGGCGACUGCUGUGGCGAACGACGUGCCGGGAUCUAAAGAGAACUGGAUUGACCGAAGCCCCCCGUCUGUCAUUCUACAGCAGCACCGCUCUGAUGAGAUGUAGGUGCAUUUUUAAUCAUUGAACCAACAGAGGGAGACAUUAUUUUUAACUGUUAAAUGAGGGAAUCUUAAGCUUAAAAUAAGAAUGAAGGUAAAAAUACUACCAUCUGUCCAGACAGGGUACUCCCUGUUUUUCAUUGCUUUUCUCAUUUAUUGCAGGUUUUUUGCACUUUUUAUCUGAUUUCAUUGAAGAACUGAAGAAACUUUCACAGUAUAAACUACUGAAUGUUUCUAUAUGAAAAAGGAUCAGCGUUGCCAUUAUAUAAAUUUCUGGUCUACUGCAGGCCACAUGCUACUGAAGUAGCCCCCAAGGGGUUUUUAACUCGUUUUACAAUGUGAUGACCAAAAGUAAUGAAUCUAAAUUUGCAAACUGGGGAACAAUGAUACUUUUUUUUAUAUGUAUACAAGAUUUAGCAGAGAGACUUUUUAAUUUUGCCUUCAGCAGGUAUUGACAUGCUCCUUCAAAACCAUGAAUAAAAGUCCAGCCCUCCAUCAUAGAUUGUAUUGUAGAAGAAAAGCUGCUUGACUCAUAAAGCUUGAACGAAGUGGUUGUUUGACCACUGUAUCUAUUGCUUAAGCCAUUGCAGGACAUUUGGCCAUUUAGAAGACUAGUAAAGUGUGUUAGUAUUUCCCUUGUACCAAGGGAUUCCAUGUGCUUUAUAAUUUUAAAAUGCUCUUGAUAUUUUUUGUACAGUAAAGCAAAAGGAAAUACAGCAAAAAUGCCCAUGAGUUCCUUAGUUUAUAAUUGUUAGUGAUGCCCAGUCUGCUGUAAAAUGUUUUACCAGCUCGUCAAAUUGUCUUUCUUUGUAAAAGUCUAAAAUACCUUUUCACUCAUGUGUAUUAAGAAGGGGAUUAAUAAAUAUUUGCUCAGUGAACUAUUUGCAGUAAAGUAUACUCAAAGAUGUAAUGAUCUGUUUUGUCAGUGAAACAUUUUAUUUUAUCUUUUUCUGUAUAUAUUUUUUUGUUACUGUCAGUGACAAAUGAAAUCUAAAUUGUACUGGAACGGCUUUGGUAUAAUUCUCAUGAAAUGAGAUUUUCAACAUUAGUCAUGUCAAAGCAAAUGCACUGACGUUUGACAGUCCGAGAAUUAAAUGUAAAUACAAUAUAUGAUUGUUAGUUGUAUGUUUUCUGUACAUACAAACUAAAUGUCUGAAUAUCUAUUAUAAUAAACUUUUUUUUAUAAAUAAGAA